AUGAUGAGCGACCGCUCAGAGCGUGACCACGUGGAACGUCAGGCAAUUGCGCGAAGAAGGAUGGAGGAAGACAUGCAAUACGACGCCCAUAACAGAGAACUGGGGCAGGAUUACACUCAUUCCCAAGACGCCACACGCGACUAUCAUCGAGGCCGCCAAUAUGGAUCCAGGAACAGAGACGUGCAAAGUGCAAAGGACUACAGUGAGGACGAGUCUGACGAGGAGAAUCGUGUUGGCCAGAGGAACGAGAAACAUCUUGAGGGCAGUUCCAAGAGGGUGAGGAAGGAGAGAUUGGAAGAGGAGUUGCCUUCUUAUCAAUCUGCCACGAGGAGAAACUAG